GUUACCAAGGCAAGUCUUCAGUCUGGUAUAAAGGGAAUAACAUGGUGUCCCAGAGGCUGUUUAUGUUUACUUAAGGAACACAUUCAUUUUUUGAAGGCACGACGGAGUCACCUGUGUUGUUUCAGUUUCUGGCAUCAUUUUUUUAAACUGUGUUUUUUUUAUGUCACACUUUCUAAGGCCACCAGUGGCAUGUAAAUAUCAUAGUUCACUAAUGUGCCAGUCUUACAAAUGGAAAGGGGGCUUCACUUUGGAAACGUGAGCAUUUCCCUGGUGCUCCUGCUGCUGCUGCUGAAGGCGCUCACGGGAUCCGGGGCUUCGCGGGUCCAGGGCUCCCCUGCUGCAGCUGCAGCCGGGGGGGAGCCGCGCUCCGCCGGCCGCGCUGCGGGCUGGAGCUCGCCGGAACAUGCUGCCGGAGCCAUGCACAUGCAGCGCAGCCUGGACGGCGGCAUAAUGGGCACCCCGGUGCCCCCACAGGUGCCCGGGGCGGACGUUACCGUGGAGGACGACGAGAACGGCUCGGCGGGGGAGUUUGACGAGUCCUACGGAGAUAAACACGUCCAGCCGAGCAGGUCUCUGGUGAUCAUCAGCACCCUGGACGGGCGGAUCUCAGCUCUGGAUCCUCACAACCACGGGAGGAAGCAGUGGGACCUGGACGUUGGCUCGGGGUGCUUGGUGUCCUCCAGCCUCAGCAAACCAGAGGUGUUCGGCAAUAAGAUGGUGGUGCCUUCGCUAGACGGGGCCUUGUUCCAGUGGAGCCGGGACCGAGACACCAUGGAGGCGGUGCCGUUCAGCGUGGAGUCCCUGCUGGAGUCGUCGCACCGCAUCGGGGAGGACACAGUCCUGGUGGGGGGCAAGUCCCUCACCACGUACGGCCUGGGGGCGUACAGCGGCAAGCUCAGGUACAUCUGCUCGGCCGGAGGCUGCAGCCGCUGGGGGGACGAGGAGGGAGUUUCUGAAGACGUGCUGCUGCUGCAGAGGACCCAGAAGACGGUGCGAGCCAUCAGGCCUCGCUCAGGGAUGGAGAAGUGGAACUUCAGCGUGGGAAACUUUGAGCUGAAGCUGGUCCCGGAGCUGCAGUCCGGGAUGAACUUCCUGGAGGGAGAACUGUCGAGCGGCGACACCUGGAAGGACAGUCAGUGGGUCAUCACCGACGAACCAAAGCAGGCGGAGCAGGCGGAGAACAAGCUGAACCAGAACCAGCACCUGGACCUGGUGAUCAAGGUGUCGGUUCCUGACUGGAAGGUGAUGGCCUUCAGGCCGGAGCCCAGCGGGCAGCUGGUCUGGGAGCACCAGUUCUGCACGCCCAUCGCCUCGGCCUGGCUGGUGAGCGGCGGCAGGGUGACCCCCAUCAGCCUGUUCGACGACACCGCCUACAGCAGCCAGUCGGAGACGGAGGAAGAGGGGGAGGAAGGUGCAGAGAAGGCCAGCGGAGCGGCAGAGUCCAGCGUGUACCUGGGGAUGUUCCAGGGCCAGUUCUACCUCCAGUCGUCUGUGAGGAUCAGUGAAAAGUUCCCCUCCAAGGCCGUGGCCUUGCAGAAGGACAUCAUCCCCGUCCCCACCAUCAAGUGGAAGCCUCUGAUACAUUCCCCGUCCCGGACGCCGGCUCUGGUGGGCUCCGAUGAAUUUGACAAGUGUCUGAACAACGACAAGUUUUCCCACGAUGAAUACAGCAACGGAGCCUUGUCCAUCCUGCAGUACCCGUACGACAACGGCUACUACUUCCCGUACAGCAAGCGGUACCGGGAGAAGCGUGACAGCGCCGUCAGCCUGAUCAAGGUGGCGGAGCCGGGCGCCGACAGCCGGCGGAGGAAGGACCCGGUGCUGCUGCUGCCCUGGUGGAAGGAGAUUCUGGGCACCAUCAUCUUCUGCAUCGCCGCCACCACCUACAUCGUCCGCAAGUUCUUCCACCCCCCUGCCCCGGUGGCCUACGUGAGGCAACGGAAAGAGUCGGAGACGCAGUGCCAGACGGACAGCAAGUUUGACCUUGAGGUUGUGGAAUCCAAAGAGCUGGUUUCCAUGGAGACCCGUUCCAGCGAUUACGUUUCCAGGUACCUGACGGACUUUGAGCCGGUGCAGUGCCUCGGCCGAGGGGGGUUCGGUGUCGUGUUUGAAGCCCGCAACAAAGUGGACGACUGCAACUACGCCAUCAAAAGAAUCCGUCUGCCCAACAGGGAGCUGGCUCGGGAGAAGGUGAUGCGGGAGGUCAAGGCCCUGGCCAAGCUGGAGCAUCCGGGGAUCAUCCGCUACUUCAACGCCUGGCAGGAGAGCCCCCCCGAGGGCUGGCAGGAGGAGAUGGACCAGCGGUGGCUGAGGGACACCAGUGCCACCGACUGGCCCAUGAGCUUCCUGGACCACAUGGAAGCUCUGUCGGUGAAGGUGCCGGUGUCCAGCUCCACCACGUCCCCCACCUCGGGGCCCGGCGGGGACGCCCUGGAGGCCUCGGUGGCGUCUCAGGCCCACGUCUCCAGCAGGGUGGUGAGCUUCAGCAUCGGGGGUGGGGACCUGUCCUUCCAGCCGCUGCUGGGCCACGACAGCCUGAUGUCUGAGCGGGACAGCCAGCCCGACCCGGACGCCUCGGACACCCCCAACUCCUUCGAGCUGUGCCCCCCGCGCGGCCCCAGCGACUGCACCUCCUCCUCCUUCGACAUCGUGUUCGAGGACUCCGGCUGCGACCGGGACGCCGACGCCGACACGGACACGGGCUCCAGCCCCGUCAAUCCCAAGACCCUGACGAAGACCAGCUCGUCUUCCUCACACAGCAGGCAGCAGGAGUCGGCCCCCAGCGUCUCCACCACCCCCCCGCGGCCCACCUCUCUGACCCUGGCUCUGCCCACCACGCCGGCAACGCAGCGGCUCCAGCCGUCCCCCAAGGUCUACCUGUACAUCCAGAUGCAGCUGUGUCGGAAGGAGAAUCUGAAGGACUGGAUGGCCCAGCGCUGCCUGCCCGAGCAGCGGGAGCACAACCAGUGUCUGGACAUCUUCCUGCAGAUCGCUGAGGCCGUGGAGUUCCUGCACAGCAAGGGCCUCAUGCACCGGGACCUCAAGCCGUCCAACAUCUUCUUCACCAUGGACGACGUGGUGAAGGUGGGGGACUUCGGCCUGGUGACGGCCAUGGACCAGGAGGAGGACGAGGACGAGCCGGUGGCCCUGACGCCCGCGCCGCUGCUCACCCGGCACACGGGCCAGGUGGGCACCAAGCUCUACAUGAGCCCGGAGCAGCUCUCCGGGAACUCGUACUCUCACAAAGUGGACAUCUACUCCCUGGGCCUGAUCCUGUUUGAGCUGCUGUUUCCCUUCAGCACCCAGAUGGAGAGAGUCAGGACACUGACGGAGGUGAGAGCGCUGCAGUUCCCAGAGGUUUUCUCCAAAAACAAUGUUCAGGAGCUGAACAUGGUGCGCAGCAUGCUGUCCCUGAGCCCCAGCGAGCGCCCGGAGGCGGCAGAGAUCACCGGGACGCCCCUCUUCCAGGAGCUGGAGCUGCCCUGCCGCCUGGCCAUGAGGCAGCGCUCCCGCACCUACAGCUCCUCUUCCAUGGGCCGCCCGUCACGCCAGGCGUCGGCCAACAACCUGUGACCCCCCUAACCCCCUCUCCCCGUCUCCCUGUCGUCCUCCUGCUGGUCCACCACUCAACACAAAGCUUCUCCAGACGCCUGACCUGGAGCUUCAUCAUCACUUCAGAAGCCAAAAAUAACAGUGUGCAGGAAUGUUUCUCAAACACUGAGACAGCACCUUGCACAGCGACUCCCCCGGGGGAAAUCCUCCAAUGUUUGUCUCAUUCUCCUGCCCCAAAUUCCCCUUUUUUAACCACACUUGAGGGGGAAAAUAACAUUUUAAAGGUGGUAGUCUUCCUGUAAUGUUCGUGAGCACACUUGGCCAGAGUGGCGCUUCCAAAUCUUUUAAACGGCUCUCCAGACGACCCUUUGUAAAAUUAAAGUAAUUAAAGUAAACUGGAGCACCUACAACACCCAGGUAACUGCAGACGUCUCCAUGCCUGCGUUCACUCACCCACAGUUCCUCCGGUGCCGAAGCCGAGAGGUCACUCCGACGGGGCCUUCGAUGCUUGUUCAUCCCUCCUGCCGGUCGCAGGUACGAGCACUGCCUGAUUCUCCGACACACAAUAUGCCUGACUUGGGAGACCAAAAAAAAAACCCCACAAAAAGGAGACCAUCUUCUCUGUCCUACGUAACUAGCCUGAGAGGGGGAUGUAUUUGCAGAAAGAAGCUUGAGUCCUGUCCGUCAGAUGCGACCUGCCUUUAUCCGGGGGCCCCGGGCCCCUGCAGCGUGAAUGCUGAGCCUUGGGCUCUGGUCUUUUUGCAUGUAUCUGACCGGGAAAAAACGAAACAGUGAAUGUGAGUUUCUAAUCUUAAAAGCCAGUACUUGGAUAAAGUUUUACAGAAUGAUUCUGAAGUGCUCAAAGAUUUUCUACCACCACCACUUUAUUCUGUAAAGACCUAACCCGAUGGGAGAACCUUGUUUAUAUCCUUUUCUUUAUUAAUUCAGACGUCGGGCUCCGAUCGACGUUGUACAUAUUGUAAGGCACUACUGCUUGUAAAAGGCUUUUUUUAUGAAGCGACUGUAAGAUAGUGUGAUAUACUAUACUGUGAGAGGGAGCGAAGAGAUGAUCUCUGCCGUUAAUGGAUAGCUGAAUGUCGACGUGUGACCUCCAGAGACACAUGAUGGUGGCCACCUCUUAUGAAAUAAUUCUCAGUGUUUGUUUUCUCGCGUUCGGGGGACCCGAGCGGAGGAGGGGGGGGGCGUCCUCCGCUCCGAACACCAGAGGAGAGCUUGCAGGAACCAGAGUGCCAUUUAAAGUCAGUUAAGUGUACUUUUCCGUAAACCGAUAACUCGCCUCACAUGUUUGAUUUCUUUUGCUGUAACAAUCCAACCCCCCGUCCUGCUGGUGUUCCCGGUGAAAAACGCACACACAACCAACCACGUGAGGCGCCGAGCGCUGGGAUCUGCAGCUUCUCCCGUCACCUAGUUUUUCCCUCUGCGCCGUUCGCAGGGGGCUUGGACCUGAGCCGGGUACCCACAUAAAGCGUUGUUUGGUUCAUUUAAAGUGCUGGGGGAGUCACACGACCCAAUAGGAACUACACACAAACUGUUAAUUGUAAUUGUGCUUUCUAUGAUUGUACUUUUUCCUGAGAUUAUCAGCUUUUUUUCUUUCUUUAAUCACUCUGCAGGGUUUAGGAAUUACUGUAGUUUUGAAGUGAGACUGAUGUUCAUCCGUCCACUCCCUCGGCCAACUCGUUCCCGGUCCGUAAACGUAAUCCCCUCGUCAGGGAAGGGUGUAAACCAGAGUUAGCAUAUGAAGGACUUCGUCAAGGUGCAUUUUUCUUCCUCUGCCCUUUGCAGAGGCAACGAUCCAUAGCUAAUAUUUGAUCCACGGUUCAUAAAUGAUCCUGAGCGAUCUGGAAACUCCUUUUUUUUUUUUACCAUUAAUUUAAAGGGAAUCAAUUUAUGUUUUGCUCCGCAGACAUGUCAGAGGAGCGAAACGUUCACAACUUCAAAUCACGGUAGUGAAUAAUUCAUCUUUCCAGCGUUGAUGUUGAUUCCAGCAUUAUCGAUGAUCAUACUCCUAUUUUCUUCUUUCUAGUCAAACUAAGGAAACCGUGAUCUCACCGUAGGUUUUAGGAGCUUGUUAAGUGUGUGUUCCCAGGGACUGUUUAAAUGAAGAGACUCUUGUCCUGACUGCCUGAUGCCUCUGGCUGGACGUGUAAGUUGCAUCUUCUCAUGCACAACUCCCAUUUCUCUGUCCUUGUUGAAUUGUAAAUAUGUUUAUUUGCUUUAUUUAUGUUUUGAUGCCGCAAUCAAUCCUUUUUUGGGUUGGUGUUAUAAUGAAUGUGCUUCAUACAAUGGAGUGCAUUUGACUAUGAUGACUUCUUACAAGUCUAAAUUUAAUAAACUGUUCUAUACAAUUUG